AUGCACCAGAACUCCUAUGUGAGAAACGGCUGGAAUAUGCUGGAUUUUGUGAUCGUCAUCGUAGGUCUCUUCAGUGUUGUUCUGGAGCUGAUAACCAAAGAUCGUGAUGUCAGCGGUCAGUCGGGGGGGAAGCCGGGCGGGUUCGACGUCAAGGCUUUGCGGGCGUUCAGAGUUCUGCGGCCCCUCCGCCUCGUCUCAGGAGUGCCAAGCCUACAGGUGGUGCUGAACUCCAUCAUUAAAGCGAUGGUUCCUCUCCUCCACAUCGCUCUGCUGGUGCUCUUCGUCAUCAUCAUCUACGCCAUCAUCGGCCUGGAGCUGUUCAUCGGGAAGAUGCACGCCACCUGCUACCUGAGCGCCACGCGUAUUUUAGCAGAAGAGGAUCCCGCACCCUGUUCUCUGUCGGGUCACGGGCGUCACUGUCCGCUUAAUGGCACUGUAUGCAGAGACGGAUGGCACGGACCAAACAACGGCAUCACCAACUUCGACAACUUCCUGUUCGCCAUGCUGACUGUGUUCCAGUGCAUCACGAUGGAGGGCUGGACAGAUGUGCUGUACUGGAUGAACGAUGCCAUGGGUUUUGAGUUGCCUUGGGUUUAUUUCGUCAGCCUGGUGAUCUUCGGCUCCUUCUUUGUCCUCAAUCUAGUGUUGGGAGUUCUCAGCGGUGAGUUCUCCAAAGAGCGCGAGAAGGCCAAAGCUCGUGGAGAUUUCCAGAAGCUGCGUGAGAAGCAGCAGCUGGAGGAGGAUCUGAAAGGUUAUCUGGACUGGAUCACUCAAGCCGAGGACAUCGACCCGGAUAAUGAGGAAGAGGGAGAUCAGGAGGCCAAACGCAACCGAGUGAUGCUGGCUGAUCUCAGCCGCUCCAAGAGCACCGCAAACUCAGCCUGGUUCAGUCAGUCCACUGAGACUCAGGCGAGCGUCCCGACCAGCGAAAACGAGUCAGUGAACACGGAGAACCCAGGAGAAGACGAGAAGGUCUUCUGCGGGCCUUUCUGCCGCUGGCGGUGCUGGAACAGGUUUUGUCGCAGAAAGUGUCGAGCUGUGGUAAAAUCCACCCUAUUUUACUGGCUGGUGAUUCUGCUGGUGUUUCUCAACACACUCACGAUAUCAUCAGAGCAUUAUAAUCAGCCCGACUGGCUUACGGAGGUCCAGGAUGUGGCUAAUAAGGUGUUGCUAGCGCUGUUCACAUGUGAGAUGCUGAUUAAGAUGUACAGUCUGGGGCUGCAGGCGUACUUCGUGUCGCUCUUCAACCGCUUCGACUGCUUCGUGGUUUGCGGAGGAAUCGUGGAGACCAUUCUGGUGGAGCUGGAGAUCAUGUCUCCACUCGGCAUCUCCGUCUUCCGCUGCGUCAGGCUCCUGCGGAUCUUCAAAGUCACACGUCACUGGGCAUCUCUCAGUAAUCUGGUGGCAUCUCUGCUGAACUCCAUGAAGUCGAUUGCGUCUCUCCUGCUGUUGCUCUUCCUCUUCAUCAUCAUCUUCAGUCUGCUUGGCAUGCAGCUCUUCGGUGGAAAGUUCAACUUUGAUGAGACUGUGACCAAACGCAGCACUUUCGACAACUUCCCUCAGGCCUUGUUGACUGUCUUUCAGAUCCUGACGGGGGAGGACUGGAACACGGUGAUGUAUGAUGGGAUCAUGGCGUAUGGUGGACCCUCUUCCUCAGGCAUGCUGGUGUGCAUCUACUUCAUCAUCCUCUUCAUCUGUGGAAACUGUAUUCUGCUGAACGUCUUCUUGGCCAUUGCUGUGGAUAAUCUGGCAGACGCAGAGAGCCUGAACUCAGCCCAAAAAGAGGAGGAGAAGAAGAACAAGAGGAGGAAGAGCAGGAGUAUGAGCAUCUACAAGAGAGAUGGAGAUGACCGUGAUCUUAAGGCACUUGAUGAUCAGGAGGCCAAUCAGGAUCUGGCAGAGGAGCUGGCGGACUCCUCAGAAGAGGAAGAGGAAGACGAGCCCGAGGUGCCUUCAGGACUGCGGGCACAGAGACUGUCAGAGCUGAGCCUCAGAGAAAAGAUGCCACCCAUUCCAGACGGCAGCUCCUUCUUCAUCCUGAGCAACUCCAACCCAAUCCGUGUGUUGUGCUAUCGGCUCAUCAACCAUCAGAUCUUCACCAACCUCAUCCUCAUCUUCAUCAUGCUGAGCUCCGUCUCGCUGGCGGCCGAAGACCCCAUCCGAAACUUCUCUGCCCGAAACAUCGUUCUGGGUUAUUUCGAUUAUGCCUUCACCGCUAUUUUCACAGUGGAGAUCUUGGUGAAGAUGACGGCGUUCGGCGCUUUCCUACAUAAAGGCGCUUUCUGCCGGAGUUACUUCAAUCUGCUGGAUCUGCUGGUGGUGGGAGUCUCUCUGGUGUCCUUCGGCAUUCAGUCGUCUGCUAUUUCAGUGGUGAAGAUCUUGAGGAUUCUGCGGGUUCUUCGUCCGCUGAGAGCCAUAAACAGAGCCAAAGGACUGAAGCAUGUGGUUCAGUGUGUGUUUGUGGCCAUCCGGACGAUCGGGAACAUCAUGAUCGUCACCACACUCCUGCAGUUCAUGUUCGCCUGCAUCGGCGUGCAGCUCUUCAAGGGGAAGUUUUACCGCUGCAGUGAUGAAGCAAAGUCAACGCCAGAGGACUGCAAAGGGACGUAUAUCGUGUACAGCAUGGGUGAGACGGCAUUUCCUCAGAUGCGCGAGCGGCUCUGGUUCAACAGUGACUUUAACUUUGAUAAUGUUCUGAUGGCCAUGAUGGCGCUCUUCACCGUCUCCACCUUUGAGGGAUGGCCGGCGCUGCUGUACAAGGCCAUCGACUCCAGCAAGGAGAACAUGGGCCCCAUUUACAACUACCGCGUGGAGAUCUCCAUCUUCUUCAUCAUCUACAUCAUCAUCAUCGCCUUCUUCAUGAUGAACAUCUUUGUGGGUUUCGUCAUCGUCACCUUUCAGGAGCAGGGAGAGAAAGAGUACAAGAACUGUGAGCUGGACAAGAACCAGCGGCAGUGUGUUGAAUACGCUCUGAAAGCGCGUCCGCUGAGGAGGUACAUCCCCAAGAACCGAUAUCAGUACAAGUUCUGGUAUGUGGUGAACUCUACAGGCUUCGAGUACAUCAUGUUUGUGCUGAUCGUCCUCAACACGCUGUGUCUGGCCGUUCAGCAUUACGGCCAGUCGCAUCUCUUCAACUAUGCGAUGGACGUUCUGAACAUGGUCUUCACAGGUGUCUUCGCUGUGGAAAUGAUUCUCAAACUGGUUGCCUUCAAGCCGAAGGGUUAUUGUGUGGACCCCUGGAAUGGGUUUGAUGCUCUGGUGGUCAUUGGCAGCGUAGUAGACAUCAUUCUGAGUCAGCACUAUUUUGCUGAUGCAUGGAACACAUUUGAUGCCUUAAUUGUUGUUGGUAGCAUCGUUGACAUUGCAAUUACAGAAAUCAAUAACACUGAGGACAGUGCGAGAAUCUCCAUCACGUUCUUCCGGCUGUUUCGGGUCAUGCGUUUAGUGAAGCUGCUGAGCCGAGGAGAAGGCAUCCGCACGCUCCUCUGGACAUUCAUCAAGUCUUUUCAGGCUCUGCCGUAUGUGGCUCUGCUCAUCGCCAUGCUCUUCUUCAUCUACGCUGUCAUUGGAAUGCAGGUAUUCGGGAAGAUUGCUAUGGUGGAUGGAACCAGUAUUAAUCGCAAUAAUAAUUUCCAGACCUUUCCUCAAGCUGUGCUCCUGCUGUUCAGGUGUGCGACAGGUGAAGCCUGGCAGCAGAUCAUGUUGGCUUGUUUACCUGGAAAACUGUGCGAUUCCGAGUCCGACUAUAAUCCUGGGGAAGAGAAAUCCUGCGGCAGCAACUUCGCCAUCCUCUACUUCAUCAGCUUCUACAUGCUCUGCGCUUUCCUGAUCAUUAAUUUAUUCGUCGCCGUCAUCAUGGACAACUUCGACUACCUGACACGUGAUUGGUCGAUUCUCGGACCACAUCAUCUAGAUGAAUUCAAGAGGAUCUGGUCGGAAUAUGAUCCCGAGGCCAAGGGCCGAAUCAAGCAUUUAGACGUGGUGACGUUACUGCGCAGGAUUCAGCCGCCCCUGGGCUUCGGCAAACUGUGUCCACAUAGAGUUGCAUGCAAGCGGCUGGUAGCCAUGAAUAUGCCCCUGAACAGUGACGGUACGGUGAUGUUCAACGCCACGCUGUUCGCUCUGGUCAGAACGGCUCUGAAGAUCAAGACUGAAGGGAAUCUGGAACAAGCCAAUGAGGAGCUGCGAGCCGUCAUCAAGAAGAUCUGGAGGAAAACCAGCAUGAAGCUCCUAGACCAAGUGGUGCCCCCUGCUGGAGAUGAUGAGAUCACCGUUGGGAAGUUCUACGCAACUUUCCUGAUCCAAGACUACUUCAGGAAAUUCAGGAAACGCAAAGAGCAAGGGCUUGUGGGAGGACAGAUGCUCUUCAACACCACCACCGCUCUACAGGCUGGUCUGCGUACGCUGCAUGAUAUCGGCCCUGAGAUCUGUCGAGCGAUCUCCUGUGAUCUUCAGGAUGAAGGUCUGGUCGACGCUAACCUUCAUGAGGAGGAGGAGAUGGUCGGGAGGAACGGUGUUGUGUUUGGGAAUCAUGUGAGUGGUGAUCAGUUCAGCAGUGUUACUCAGCGUCCUCUGCAGCUGCCGCUCCCUCUCUGCUCCACGCACACUCACAGUCAGUCGCUGUCGGAUGCCAGAUCCUCCAACUCUAAUAUAAACAACGCCAACGGGCCCGGCAUCACCAACGGCUGGCACAGCGGCAGGAGCCUGGUGUCGUCUCUGAGCGUCUGCCUGAACCUCAGAGUGGAUGGAGAAACACACACACACAGGCCGUUCUCCAGCGCUGUUGGAUAUCCCACUAUCCACGUGGAGAACCCGACUCGUGAUGAUGUCAGUGACGAGGACAGGACUUCUGGAGAGUUUUACAGCGGUGAAGAGUUUCACGAUGAGGACGUGACGCUGGCCAGAGACAGGUCAUACCGAGACGUCCAGGACACACUCAGUGAUGGAGAUUCAGUCCGAGAGCAGGACGUGUAUGAGUGUGUGUGUGAUGAUGAAGACGAGCAGCUGAUUUCCCAGCACCCCCAGCGCUCCUCAAGACGACUCCUGCGCUCCACGGCUCCAGCCUCUCACAGGUCUGCUUUCCAUUUCGAGUGUCUGCGCAAACAGAGUCAGGAUCAGAUUCAGCUUCGUCCCGCAGCUUCACCACCACAGCAUCAUCAGGUGAGGAUGAUGAGUGGUCAGGAAUCCAGCCAAUCACGACUCUCUCCGACACGCUCCAUCCGCUCGUGGGUCACGCCCCCAACCACGCCCCCUCCAUACACUCCACUGGUCCAGGCCGCACCCAGCGCCAGCAGCACGCCGGGAUUGGUCCACAGGGGCUUUUGGAACACCCAGCAGGCCUCUGACUGGUCGAUGCGGUCUCCACCCACCUCCUCCUCCCUCCUGAAGGUCCCGCCGCGGCUCUGUGGACAUCAUUUGCAGACGCGGAGCAGCGCACACAGCCUGGUGGAGGCCGUGAUGAUAUCUGGUGGACUGGGAAAAUACGCAAAGGAUCCAAAGUUUGUGACUGUAACCAAACACGAGAUUGCAGACGCUUGCGAAAUGACAAUCGAUGAGAUGGAAAGUGCUGCUAGCAACUUACUGAAUGUGACACUAGGCUCUGGAGGAAACGAGACGGGUUUGAGUCCCAAUCUUCGAGAAUACAGCGACGAGGAGACGGACAGCAGCAGCCGACGGGACGAGGAUCUGGCGGACGAAAUGAUCUACGUCUCAGUGUUGUAGUGGUGUAAAAAUGAGGUAACCGUGCCUUUAAAAACUGCAGUGUCAAGCUCUGCUGCUCACGCUGACCAAUCGCUUUACACUCCUUUUGAGCUUUUCAUGUAGUUAAACCUAUUGAUGUCUUGGGAAAUUUCCAAAACUGAUAGUGUUAGGAAUAAACUGGACAAUCUGUUCAGCUUUUGAUGAUCCCGAACCAAUUUAACCAGACAAAGAUCACUUGGUCAAACAGAUGCGCUUUCGCUAACUGUGUAAAACAACACAGGCUCAUUGGAAAUAUGUCUCAUGCUAUAUGUUGCUCCGGGUGCGUUUUGUUGUGUGUUUUACAUGCCAAAUCCACUAGAGGGCGCUGUCGACAUUUUUUUUUUUUUGCGAAUCUGAAAUACAUUAAUUUGGGUGUGUUUUGUUGGAUGAUUCAGAUGGCAAAUCCACAAGAGGAUGCUCUAUACAUUUUUGCGAAAACGUAAAAUACGUUCUUUGGGUGCGUUUUGUUGUACAUUUCAGAUAACAAAUCCACUAGAGGGCACUGUAUACAUUUCUGCGAAUAUGAAAUACAUUAAUUAGGAUAUUUUUUGUUUCAUGUUUCAGAUGACAAAUCCACUAGAGGGCGCUGUCUACAUUUUUUUUUUUUGCGAAUCUGAAAUACAUUAAUUUGGGUGCGUUUUGUUGGAUGAUUCAGAUAACAAAUCCACUAGAGGGCGCUGUGUACAUUUGUUCGAAUAUGAAAUACAUUAAUUAGAAUAUUUUUUGUUUCACAUGACAAAUCCACUAGAGGGCGCUGUCGACAUUUUUAGCAAUUCUGAAAUACGUUAAUUAGGGUACAUUUUGUUGUACAUUUCAGAUGACGAAUUUACUAGAGGGUUCUGAAUACAGUUUUGUGAAAUGUAAAAUACAUUGCUCUUGGUACGUCUUAUUGCGCAUUUCAGAUGACAAAUCUACUAGUGGGUGCUGUGUACAAUUUAGGGCAUCUUAAAUAUGUUUCUUAUAGUGCAUUUUGUUGUUUGAUUCACAUGACAAAUCCACUAGAGGGCGCUGUCUACAUAUGAAUAUGAAAAACAUUAAUUAGGAUAUUUUUUUAAUGCGGGUUUCAGGCGACAAAUCCAUAAAUACAGUUUUGCGAAACUUAAAAUACGUUGCUCUCUGUAUGUUAUGUUGUGCGUUUCAGAUGACAAAUCCACUAGAACACGCUUAAUACAUUUCUGCUAAUCUGAAAUACAAUAAUUAUAGUAUGUUUUGUUGUAUAUUUCAGAUUGCAAAUCCACUAGAGGGCGCUAAAUACAUUUCUGCUAAUCUGAAAUACAUUCAUUAGGGUAUGUUUUGUUGUAUAUUUCAGAUGGCAAAUCCACUAGAGGGCGCUGUCUACAUGUCUCAGAAUCUGAAAUAUAUCAUUUAGGGUACAUUUUGUUGUACUGUAUGUUUCAGAUCCACGUCCACAAGAAGGCAGCGCUUGUCGUACAGAGCUAAACCCUUUCCCUAAACCCAACCCAUCGUGUUUUCAGAAGCAGACGUAGGAGAAAAGUGCACUGUAACCACAUUGUUUUACCUUGAUUUUACAGUGCUUUUAUCUCUUAUGUGGAGGCGUGCUUCACCUGAACCCGAGCGCUCUGCAGCACAAACACAACACCAUACAAAGUGAACUACAAGCAAACUACCCACGCCACAAAAGGUGUCCAUAAGGAGAUAGAUAGGUGAUGCAAGUUAUUCACAGACAGCGUUAAGUUGUUUUGUGCUGUUUAUUUUGGUGUUGUGCGAAGAACGGCUUGAAAAUAAUAAUGUAUUCAUCAUUAAUAUGUCCCUGUAAGUAUCAUUAGUGUGAAAAGGAGCAAACGUUGUCAUCACACUGCCCCCUAGUGUUCGUUUUAUCCACAAACUGCAAUCACAUGUAAGUUGAAAUACGUUUUUUGUGGUUUCACACAAGCAAAAGUAUUUCCAAUGAGCCUGUGUUGGAGUACAGAAGUGUGUUCACAUCUGUGAAGCAAUUACCGUGGUAAAAGCUUCACAGUAUUAACUCCUUUUGGAAUAACCAGGGGCCUCAUUCAUAAAGAUGUGCAUAAUGAUACAACACAUUCUGAAAGUAUCCUAUAAAUGAUUUACUGUCAUUAACAUUUACAUGUUCCUAAAUAU